CGGAAGUACAGGAGCACACAAGCGGUAGCUAGCUCCAGCGACCUCUUGUGCGUAGUCGUCCCGAGGACCAGCGGCGAUGGUGUUCGGCAACCGCGCCACGGGUGGAGUCCCCGGCGGCGGCGCGGGCACGAUGCGGUUCGCGCUGCACGUCCUGCGCGGGCGUUGGUUCAUGUUCUUCGCAUCGAUACUGAUCAUGGCGGCGGCCGGCGGCACGUACAUCUUUGGCAUCUACUCCAAGGCGAUCAAGACGUCGCUGGGCUACGACCAGCAGACGCUCAACACGCUCAGCUUCUUCAAGGACGUCGGUGCCAACGUCGGCAUCCUGCCGGGGCUCAUCAACGAGGUCACCCCGCCGUGGGUGGUGCUGGCGUGCGGCGCAGGCAUGAACCUGGUCGGCUACCUCAUGAUCUACCUAGCCGUCUCUGGGCGCACGGCGCGGCCGCCCGUGUGGCUCAUGUGCCUGUACAUCGCCAUCGGCGCCAACUCGCAGUCGUUCGCCAACACCGGCGCGCUCGUCACCGCCGUCAAGAACUUCCCCGAGGACCGCGGCGUCGUGCUCGGCCUGCUCAAAGGCUUCGUCGGCCUCAGCGGCGCCAUCUUCACGCAGCUCUACCGCGCAAUCUACGGCACCGACAACGACGGCGCGGAGCUGGUGCUACUCAUGGCGUGGCUCCCCGCCGCCAUAUCGCUGCUCUUCAUCCCCACCAUCCGCAUCAUGCCGCGGAAUGCCGCCGCCGGGCCGGCGAGAGGGGAGCGCAAGGUCUUCUUCUACUUCCUCUACGCCUCCAUCGUCCUCGCCGUCUACCUCCUCGUCAUGAACGUCGUCGAGCUGGAGGUGCUCGGCUUCUCUAAGCCCGCUUACUACGUCACGGCCACCGUGCUCCUCCUCCUCAUCUUCUUCCCGAUCGUCAUCGUCGUCAAGAAAGAGCUCAAGACCUACCUGCAGCCACCGUCACCAACGACCGCGACCUCCAUAGUGACGAUCACGGUCAACGAGAAGACGACGCAUCCAUCCGCGCCCCACGAGCCACCGGAACCCGUGGCCGCCGAUAAGGCGCCGACAUGCUUCCAAGACGUGUUCAGGCCGCCGACGAGGGGGGAGGACUACACCAUCCUGCAGGCCCUGUUCAGCGUGGACAUGCUUGUCCUCUUCGUGGCCACCAUCUGCGGAAUCGGCGGCACGCUGACGGCGAUCGACAACAUGGGCCAGAUCGGCCAGUCGCUGGGCUACCCUCAGCGCAGCAUCUCCACGUUCGUCUCCCUCGUGAGCAUCUGGAACUACGCCGGCCGCGUGGUGGCCGGCUUCGCCUCCGAGUACGUCCUGGCCCGGUACAAGGUGCCCCGCCCUCUCGUUCUCACCGUGGUGCUCCUCCUGUCGUGCGUCGGCCACGCGCUCAUCGCCUUCGGCGUGAGCAACGGCCUCUACGCGGCGUCGGUGAUCCUCGGGUUCUGCUUCGGCGCGCAGUGGCCGCUGCUGUUCGCCAUCAUCUCGGAGGUGUUCGGGCUCAAGUACUACUCCACGCUUUACAACUUCGGCGCCGUGGCGAGCCCCGUAGGCUCCUACAUCCUGAACGUGCGCAUCACGGGGCGCAUGUACGACCGCGAGGCGCUGCGUCAGGGCGGGCGCAGGGGCAAGGACCUGACGUGCAUCGGGGUGCAGUGCUACAAGGAAUCGUUCCUGAUCAUCACGGGCGUCACGUUGCUCGGCGCUCUCGUGUCGCUGGUGCUGGUGUGGAGGACGAGGAAGUUCUACAGGGGCGACCUCUACGGCAGGUUCAGGGAGGUCGGCAUGGUCGGAGCCAGAGGAGCAGACCAUGGGCAGGGAGAGAGCAGCAGCAACGGCGCCAGUGUCACCAAGGAUGCUAGUGAUGAGACCGUCAAUAAUGGCAAUAAGGUCUGAUUUGUUAGCGAGAUUGAGCAUGCCACGUACGUACGUAGAUUAUUUGCCAGGAUUAAGCUUACAAGUUCGUGUGUUAUGGACCGUGUGCGAGUGCGGAUAUUGAUGCACUAGGUCGAAGUGUUAUUGCGGGCCGGCCUGGCCGUCUUUUUUGAACUGAAUAUCGCGUGACG